AUGAAUCAUUGUAUCAAAGAGUAUAAGUUUGAAGCUGUAUUGGGUAAAGGAAUGUUUGGAACUGUUCAUCUAGUUAGACGAACAAAGGAUUUAAAACCGUUUGUUAUAAAGGAACAAAAUUUAAGUGUCAAAACUAAUUUAUCUUUUAAAAUGGUCCUGAGAGAAGUAGAAUAUUUUCAAAAGAUGAGACAUCCAAAUAUUGUUGCUUAUCAUGCAGCAUGGGUUGAAAAUAAUAAAAGUUACAUUCUUAUGGAAUAUGCUACUCGUGGUACUUUGAAAGAAUUAUUAGAAAAACUUAGUGUACCGCUUAGAGAAGAGAAUGCUUUGUACUUGUUCUCGCAAAUUACACUUGGAGUUCAUCACAUACAUAGCAAGAAAAUUCUUCAUAGAGAUUUAAAACCUGAAAAUAUUUUAUUGACUGGUCGUAAAGGAGAGAUUGUUAAAAUUACUGAUUUUGGUGUUUCUAAAAAUAUAUUAGAUGAGUCCAUGUGUUGUGCUGGAUCUUAUUACUACAUGGCUCCAGAAAUGCUUUCAAAUCAACCAUACGAUUUAAAAUCAGACAUAUGGAGUAUGGGUGUUAUUCUUUAUGAAAUGGUGACUAAGAAACUUCCAUUUCCUGCAUCUGUAAUUAUUAACAAUGAUCUAACUGAGUUUACAAGAAUGGUGUAUGAUAAAAAACCGAAACCAGUUGAUAAAAAUAUUUCAAUCUCGACAAUACGAUUGAUAUCGAAAAUGUUAAGAAAACAAUCAAUUUAUCGUCCAAGAACCGAUCAAUUAAUACUUUGUCCAUACUUAGUUCCAUUCAUUGCACGAGCUUAUUUAAAUCUUGGCAGAAUUCUUCAAUGUAACUUAGGGAUAAAGGGUAAAGAAAAUUUCUUCGAUCCGCAAAUAUUUCAAUAUUUUUUCAAAACUCAACGUUGACAUAUUCAUAUCAAAUAAUCGUUCCUAAUUUUUUUUUAUCAAUAUUAACUAUUAUUUUUUUUAUUAUUAUUAUGUAAC